GGAUCUCAGUCCCACUUCGACACCCCACGAGCCUGCCCCGUCUACCGCUUGACUGGAAGCCCAGGUGCUCAUGAUGGGUCAGUGCUACUACAAUGAGACCAUCGGCUUUUUCUAUAAUAACAGUGGCAAGGAGCUCAGCCUUCAUUGGCGCCCCAAGGAUGUGGUAGUGGUGGCUCUGGGGCUGACAGUCAGUGUACUGGUGUUGCUCACCAAUCUGCUCGUUAUUGCGGCCAUUGCCUCCAACCGGCGCUUCCACCAGCCCAUAUACUACCUGCUCGGCAACUUGGCUGCUGCUGACCUCUUCGCCGGCAUGGCCUACCUCUUCCUCAUGUUCCAUACUGGCCCACGAACUGCCCGGCUCUCCAUCAGAGGCUGGUUCCUGCGACAGGGUCUGCUGGACACCAGCUUGACGGCAUCAGUGGCCACUCUGCUGGCCAUCGCUGUAGAACGGCACCGUAGUGUGAUGGCCGUUCAGCUACACAGCCGCCUACCCCGGGCCCGUGUGGUCACACUUAUCGUGGGUGUGUGGGUGGCUGCACUGGGCCUGGGGUUGCUACCUGCCCACUUCUGGCACUGCCUCUGUGACUUGGAUAGUUGCUCACGAAUGGUGCCCCUGUUCAGCCGCCCUUACCUGGCUGUGUGGGCCCUGUCCAGCCUUCUGGUCUUCCUGCUUAUGGUAGCUGUUUACACACGCAUUUUCUUCUAUGUGCGUAGACGGGUAGAGCGCAUGGCAGAGCAUGUCAGCUGCCAUCCCCGCUACCGAGAGACGACGCUCAGCCUAGUCAAGACUGUUGUCAUCAUUCUGGGGGCAUUUGUGGUGUGCUGGACGCCAGGCCAAGUGGUGCUGCUCCUGGACGGUCUGGACUGUAAAUCCUGCAAUGUCUUGGUUGUGGAGAAGUACUUCCUGCUCCUGGCUGAGGCCAACUCACUGGUCAACGCAGUGGUGUACUCCUGCCGAGAUGCUGAGAUGCGCCGAACCUUUCGCCGCCUCCUCUGCUGCGUGUUCCUCCACUGGUCCAACCACAAAUCUUCCCAAUACUCAUCUUCUACCCAGACGGGUGCCAGCACCCGGAUCAUGCUUCCUGAGAACAACUGCCCACCGAUGGACUCCACUCUUUAG